AUGUUCCUAUCGGCGGUGUGGCAUGGCCUAGAUGGGACAACGUGUGUAGCACUGCGGGAGGAAGCUGGUCCGUCCAACCUGCCAACGAUCCAGCAGCGCCCAGGAAAACUUGAAGCACGACCAACGCUGCACGAUUUCCGCACACACUUUCUGGCUCUGUGGUCGGGCACGCUACCUCUGGACCAUCACCCUCCGCAUCUGGUUCGACCCACCACCACCCCCAACACAGACGACCUACAGACCUCCCUCCUCCACGGGACUCAGCCCCCAGCUGCACCAUGGCUACUCCAUUCACCAAACUGGACGUCCCACUGCACCGCUCAAGACAACCUGACCCAUCAAGCGUGGCAGCUCAUCCGAGCACUCACACUCCGUACCCUGUGGAACGACCGCUGCGCAGCGCUACACGACAACACCAGCCGUAUCCCGCCGCCGGUUUCCUUCCCUUACCUUCUCCAGGCGCAUUUCCAAGCCUUAACCACCUACCACGCCCAACGCCGGCACCGCCUCCGCGCGGACCUGUAUCAUGACCUCAUCUUACGGUGCAGUCUCUUCUUAGUCCACCCCCCCCUCUCCUCCACGCGGACAGACCCAAAUGCGUAA